AUGGGUUUGGAGCGCAUGCAAAAUCCUCAUCACCGAGCUCGACAAAUGAAUAGCCUUGCUAGAAAGAUUGCUAUGGACGUCAAGCAGCGCACUUUCAUGCAUCAAGACGUAUGGCGUACUGUUGAACGCAUAGUACUCGGCUCAGAUAAUAUGGAGACGCAGUUCGAUCGCCUCAAGACCGUACUGUUUCCAAAUCAUGCGGACGUGUUGGUCUUACUCUCAUUGCUAGCAGAUGAGGCGGUGUUGCCGCCGGAACUACUCACAAGUCCUCUUCGUCGAGCGUAUCACGGGGCUGUUCAGAUGUUGUUAGCCAUUGAAGCGUACUGUCAUGGCACUCGUUCUCGCAGUUCGAAUACACGAAGACAAACAUUAAACGAGUCUGAGUUCUGCGAUCGUCUUGCCGACUUGCUUGGUAAUGAGCGGCCGUUGUGGAACUACAUUCGUCAGUGGCUUCCCUUGGCAUAUGAUGAAAAGGUAACUCCGGCAGAUUUCGAGUUCAUUGAUCUUUGUAAACGUUCGGAUUCGGAUGUGCUUGAAGACCGUUGUGCGGAAUGCAUUGAUGAUCUGAAUGCAGUUCUUGGAACACUUCCUCCGAAGAGAGGUGGACCUCUACAGGUAACUGGUGGCCAGUUGAACUCCCUUCAGAAUGGUGUAUAUGUUCCUAUAGUAAUUUCUAAGGAGAAGGCUAUAAAAGAAAUCCCAGCAGCUGUCGAGAAAGAAGUCCGCGAGCCGUCUUGGACUAAAGAAACCGAUAUGAUGAUCCUGAAGACUUACAAUGACGUGGAAGGAGGUGUCGAGGAUGUAGUGAAGGAAUUGGUGAGAAUGAUACCGUACUCCUCCGCAGAUAUAGAAAAAAGGCUGAAUUUCUUGAUUUCUCUAUUUUAA